CUCUCGAGUACCCAUUAUUCCUCACCAAGCAAAACAGAUCAAAUGGCUUCCUCAAACCUUCUCCUUCUUCUCCUCCUCCAAGCCCUCCUCAUCCUUCUCUCACCAGCAUCAGCUGCUGGCUCCAAUGUUUUCGCCGAAUACAUCGGGGCCGAGUUCAAAGGCGUCCGGUUCUCUGACGUCCCCAUCAACCCCGGCGUCAACUUCCACUUCAUCCUCUCCUUCGCCAUAGAUUACACCACCUCCUCCAACCCCCCAACUCCUACCAACGGUCGGUUCAACGUCUUCUGGGACUCUGCCAACCUCUCCCCCUCGCAGGUGGCUGCCAUCAAGCGGGAGCAUGGCAAUGUUAAGGUUGCAGUCAGCCUUGGUGGAGAUAGCGUCAGUGGUCAACCUGCAUACUUCAAGCCUUCUUCUAUAGAUUCUUGGGUCGCUAAUGCCGUCGAUUCGCUCACCACAAUCAUCAAGAAAUACCAUCUGGAUGGUAUCGAUAUCGACUACGAGCACUUCCAGGCUGAUCCCAACACCUUCGCGGAGUGCAUCGGGCAGCUGCUGACGAGGCUAAAGAGCAAUGGAGUCAUCUCCUUCGCUUCGAUAGCUCCUUUUGAUAGCGCGCAAGUCCAGAGCCAUUACCUGGCUCUGUGGAGGAAAUAUGGGCAUCUCAUCGACUAUGUCAACUUCCAAUUCUAUGCCUACGAUGCAAGCACGACGGUAUCUCAGUUCCUGGGCUACUUCGCGAAACAGAGCUCCAACUAUAAUGGAGGGAAAGUAUUGGUGAGUUUUACCACGGGUGGAAGUGGAGGGUUGUCGCCACAAAACGGGUUCUUCCGUGCAUGCAGAACUCUCAAGAGCCAGGGGAAGCUUCAUGGCAUCUUUAUUUGGUCUGCUGAUGACUCCAAGAGCAAUGGUUUCCGCUAUGAGAAGCAAGCGCAGACUUUGUUGGCAUCUUAGCCGGAGUUCGGACUUUUAAGCUAUGGUCAAUAAAGAAGCCUCGGAAUUAGUGUGCUCGCAGAAGAUGUUGUUAUACAUGAAGUGAAUGAAGAAAUCCUGUAAUCUUUCUGAUAAAACAUCUUGACGUGAAAAAAAUCUUUGUUCGAA